UACCAACCACAUGAGCCAGCCCAGCAGCAGAGUAGUCACAAAAGAAAGACUCAGCCAAAAACCCACUUACAGGUGGAACUUGGAAUUUCUUAAUUCAUUCACAUUUUAGUUAAUUAACUUAAUAAAUCUACUAAAAAAACAACCAAGUACUUUCAUUACCUCAAUAAUUCCAUCAAGAAACAAUAAAAAAAUGAGUGCUUUCACUGGUAUUCUGCGACGAGAAUUUCCCGCAAUGGACGAUGAAUUGAAAGACUAUGUCGAAGGUGUACUUUGUGGUAGUUUGGAUGAUUUUGAAAGUUGCGAUGAUAUCUAUGAAGCUGUCGGUGAUAUUCUACAGAGUAUAAAUGCAGAAAAAACUGAAGACAAUAUCAGAGAACUUUGUCACCAAUUCUUCAACAUCAUCAAAUUGAAAUCCUCCAAUGAAACAAGGAAGGUCCUUAAUGCCCCGGUGAACAUAGCCGAAAUGGCAGCUACAAUGGAAGCCACCGACAAGGAUGUUCAAAGUAUAUGGGUCGUUAAUAAGGAUGCUGGAAAUAAAGUAGAUACCAAAAAACUAGAAAAAGCCGAAGCCAAACUGCAACAAAAACUAGAGAAGAGAUUGGACAACAAGAUUGUUCAGCCGUCUCAGGCCAAAUUACAGACAGCAACGGCGUCGCAGGUUAUCAGCAAAAAAAGCAAUAAAAUGGAACAAAAGGGUACAAACCGUUCUAUGGACAUUAAGAUUGAAAACUUUGAUUUAGCUUUUGGUGAUAAAGUUUUACUGCAGAAUGCCGACAUUCUUCUAUCGUUUGGUAGAAGAUAUGGUCUAGUAGGCCGCAAUGGUCUAGGCAAAACCACUUUACUCCGAAUGAUAUCUGAUCGCCAAUUGGCCAUUCCAAGUCAUAUUUCAGUACUGCACGUGGAGCAGGAAGUUGUUGGUGACGACACUCCAGCAGUCGAUAGUGUCUUGGAAUGCGAUUUCGAACGUACAAGGUUAUUGAAGAGAGAAAAAGAAAUCCUAGCCGAGCUGAACAAUGGUACACAAGAUGCCGCAAUGAGUGCGGAAUUGAGUGAAGUCUACAUUCAGUUGCAAAACAUCGAAGCUGACAAAGCUGUUUCGAAGGCAUCAGUUAUCCUCAAAGGUCUUGGAUUUACAACCGAAAUGCAAAGUAAUCCGACCAAGUCUUUCUCUGGUGGCUGGCGGAUGAGGCUAGCUCUCGCUCGUGCAUUGUUUUCUCGACCAGAUCUAUUGUUACUCGAUGAACCGACUAACAUGUUGGAUAUUAAGGCCAUCAUUUGGUUGGAAAAUUACUUGCAAACGUGGCCGACAACGUUGCUUGUAGUUUCUCACGAUCGGAAUUUCUUGGACGUUGUGCCAACGGACAUAAUUCAUUUGCAUUCCCAAAUUCUAGAUGUUUACAAGGGCAAUUAUGAACAAUUCGAGAAAACUAAAAAUGAGAAAUUGAAGGCACAGAGGAGAGAAUAUGAGGCACAAAUGGCGCACAGAUCGCAUGUUCAGGAAUUUAUUGACAGAUUUCGUUAUAACGCUAACAGAGCCUCAUCGGUUCAGUCGAAAAUUAAAAUGCUUGAAAAACUGCCGGAAUUGAAACCUGUAGAAAAAGAAAUUGAAGUCAAACUGAAAUUCCCCGAAGUUGAUCCGCUUAAUCCGCCUGUUUUGGCUAUGUCUGAUAUUCAAUUCCGUUACAAUGACAAUGAUGUUCUUCCAGUUUUUUCCAAUGUCAAUUUAUCAGCGAAUUCUGAUUCUCGAAUUUGUAUUGUGGGAGAAAACGGUGCUGGUAAAUCAACGCUUUUAAAGAUCAUAGUUGGUCAAUUGAGUACAAUCCAUGGAAACAUUGUGAUGCAUAGAGGUCUGCGAAUAGGAUAUUUUGCUCAACAUCACGUCGAUCAUCUGAAUAUGAAUGUGACGUGCGUGGGGGUUCUGGAGGAACUAUUCCCUGGAAAACCAGAUGAGGAAUAUAGAAGGCAACUUGGUAGUUUUGGAAUUUCUGGUACCUUGGCUCUGCAGAGUAUUGCAAGUUUGUCCGGAGGUCAAAAAUCAAGAGUUGCUCUUGCGAAAAUGUGCAUGGCUCAACCAAACUUCCUGGUUCUCGAUGAACCUACAAAUCAUUUGGAUAUUGAAACAAUUGACGCUUUGGGAAAAGCUAUCAACACAUUUGCGGGUGGAGUUAUUUUAGUUUCUCACGACGAAAGAUUAAUUAAAGUUGUUUGCAAAGAACUUUGGGUAUGCGGCAAUCGAACUGUGAGAGCUAUUGAAGGAGGGCUGGACGAAUAUAAACGUGAAGUGUAUAAGGAGAUUGAAGAGAAUAGCUAAAGUAGCAUUCUUUUUAUUUUACCUCUCCGGAAAACAACAUCAGGAUGUUAUACAUAAAUCGCCCUCAGACACUUAUUAAGUUAUUAGAAUAUCGGUCUGUUAGUAACAUUAGUUUUUAACGAAACUAUUUGGAAAAAAAAAAUGAGAAAAAAAAACAACAAAUAUA